AUCAUGGGGCAUUUUAAGUGGUACAAAAUAUCAGUGAGUAAAGUGCGAGUUCUAUUGUGGGUGAUAUUAUUGUGCCAAGUGGUGUCUGUUAGUUCUGAUGCAGUUCAUAAUUUAACGUUAGCAACCGACAACACAGUGCAGACUGUUUCGUCUGGAAAAUGGGAUGAACCACAUCAUGAUACAACUUGGAAUCUGUCCACUUCGUCUGAGAAUUCAACGGACUCUACGCUUUAUUGGAACGGAUCAACUAUUUCAUCGAAUAUAACGGAGCCUUCACAAAACUGGACUACUCCUGAUUCAAAUUCAACAUGGAACCCUACAAGUUCUACUCCUUCUUGGAAAGCAACGGAACCUACACUAAACUGGACCACUCCUGAUACAAAUGCCACGUGGAUCCCUACAGGCUCUACACCUUCUUGGAAUGCAACGGAGCCUCCACCAAACUGGACCACUCCUGAUACGAAUUCAACGUGGAACCCCACAGGCUCAACUCCUUCUUGGAACGCAACGGAACCUUCAUUAAACUGGACUACUCCUGAUUCGAAUGCCACGUGGUUCCCUACAGGAUCUACUCCUUCUUGGAAUGCAACGGAGCCUCCACUAAACUGGACCACUCCUGAUACGAAUUCAACGUGGAACCCCACAGGCUCAACUCCUUCAUGGAACGCAACGGAACCUUCAUUAAACUGGACUACUCCUGAUUCGAAUGCCACGUGGUUCCCUACAGGAUCUUCUCCUUCUUGGAAUGCAACGGAACCUCCACUAAACUGGACUACUCCUGACACGAAUGCCACGUGGAACCCCACAGGUUCUACUCCUUCUUGGAAUGCAACGGAGCCUCCAUUAAACUGGACUACUCCUGAUACGAAUGCCACGUGGUUCCCUACAGGAUCUACUCCUGUUUGGAAUGCAACGGAGCCUCCACUAAACUGGACUACUCCUGAUACGAAUGCCACGUGGAUCCCCACAGGUUCUACUCCUUCUUGGAAUGCAACGGAACCUUCACUAAACUGGACUACUCCUGAUACGAAUGCCACGUGGUUCCCUACAGGAUCUACUCCUUCUUGGAAUGCAACGGAGCCUCCACUAAACUGGACCACUCCUGACACGAAUGCCACGUGGAACCCCACAGGUUCUACUCCUUCUUGGAAUGCAACGGAGCCUCCACUAAACUGGACCACUCCUGAUAUGAAUUCAACGUGGAACCCUACAGGAUCUACUCCUUCUUGGAAUGUAACGGAACCUCCAUUAAACUGGACGACUCCUGAUUCGAAUGCCACGUGGUUCCCUACAGGCUCAACUCCUUCUUGGAAUGCAAUGGAACCUUCACUAAACUGGACUACUCCUGAUUCGAAUGCCACGUGGAUCCCCACAGGUUCUAAUCCUUCUUGGAAUGCAACGGAGCCUCCACUAAACUGGACCACUCCUGAUACGAAUUCAACGUGGAACCCCACAGGAUCUACUCCUUCUUGGAAUGCAACGGAGCCUCCACUAAAUUGGACUACUCCUGAUACAAAUGCCACGUGGUUCCCUACAGGAUCUACUCCUUCUUGGAAUGCAACGGAGCCUCCACUAAACUGGACUACUCCUGACACGAAUGCCACGUGGAACCCCACAGGUUCUACUCCUUCUUGGAAUGCAACGGAGCCUCCACUAAACUGGACUACUCCUGAUACGAAUUCAACGUGGAACCCUACAGGCUCUACUCCUUCUUGGAAUGUAACGGAACCUCCAUUAAACUGGACGACUCCUGAUUCGAAUGCCACGUGGUUCCCUACAGGAUCUUCUCCUUCUUGGAAUGCAACGGAGCCUUCACUAAACUGGACUACUCCAGAUACGAAUUCAACAUGGAACCCUACAGGCUCUACUCCUUCUUGGAAUGCAACGGAACCUCCAUUAAACUGGACGACUCCUGAUACAAAUGCCACGUGGUUCCCUACAGGAUCUACUCCUUCUUGGAAUGCAACGGAGCCUCCACUAAACUGGACUACUCCUGACACGAAUGCCACGUGGAACCCCACAGGUUCUACUCCUUCUUGGAAUGCAACGGAGCCUCCGCUUAACUGGACUACUCCUGAUAUGAAUUCAACGUGGAACCCUACAGGAUCUACUCCUUCUUGGAAUGUAACGGGACCUCCAUUAAACUGGACGACUCCUGAUUCGAAUGCCACGUGGUUCCCUACAGGAUCUACUCCUUCUUGGAAUGCAACGGAGCCUCCACUAAACUGGACUACUCCUGAUACGAAUUCAACGUGGAACCCUACAGGCUCUACUCCUUCUUGGAAUGUAACGGAACCUCCAUUAAACUGGACGACUCCUGAUUCGAAUGCCACGUGGUUCCCUACAGGCUCAACUCCUUCUUGGAAUGCAACAGAACCUUCACUAAACUGGACUACUCCUGAUACGAAUGCCACGUGGUUCCCUACAGGAUCUACUCCUUCUUGGAGUUCAAGCACGAUAAAUCGCAAACCAACAAGGAAAACCGUUAAACCCCCGAGGACUACCAGGAUGACGACCACACGUCGGCCAAUCCCCACGAAGCCAGCAACUCACACACCAACGAAAAGAAUUCGGGACCAGCUUGUGCGACGCAAUCCCCAAGACCAUAUCCGGGCCAGAUAAAGGCGUCUCGAGCCAAGAAUUUGCCAAAUGGCAAUGAUCCUUAUCAUUUAUCUAAAAAAAAAAGAUUCGUUUGCGAUUGUCAUGAAAGCUCUUUCGUGUAACAGCAGUAGCUGCCGAUACGAAGCGGACCCGGGC